GUCAAAUUCCAAUGCAACCCAAAUUGGUCAAUUAGAUAGGCACGCCUCGCGCCGACUUUUGUAACCGUUUAUCCCCGUCGUGGUACUCGAAAAAAAGAAUCAAAACCCUAACCCUAAUCACCCACCGCCCGCACCUCCUCCUCUGCGAAUCCUUGCUUCGGAUCUAUCUCCCAUGGCGGGGGCGGGUGGUCCUUGGCCGUCGACGUCGCCGUCGUCGUCGUCGGAGCUGGCGGCGUCGGGGAUGUUCGUGCCGUCGCGCACGGCGGCGACGGUGCUGUGCUGCAUCUGCGGCGUGGCGAUGGCGCCGAACCCGGCGAACACGUGCGUGCGGUGCCUGCGCGCGCGCGUGGACAUCACGGAGGGGCUCCCCCGGCACGCGGUGGCCGUCUACUGCCCCGAGUGCUCGUCGUACCUGCACCCGCCGCGCACGUGGGUCCGCGCGGCGCCCGAGUCGAAGGAGCUGCUGGCCUUCUGCCUCCGGCGGCUCCGCGGCCCCCUCUCCCGGCGCGUCCGCCUCGUCCACGCCGAGUUCCUCUUCACCGAGCCCCACUCGAAGCGCCUCCUCCUCCGCCUCCGCGUCCAGCGCGAGGUCGACGCCGCCGGCGGGGCCAUCCUGGAGCAGCCGCACGUGGUGGAGUUCGUGGUGCACGACCGGCUCUGCGAGGGCUGCUCCCGCGCGCAGGCCAACCCGGACCAGUGGACCGCCGCCGUGCAGCUGCGGCAGCACGUGGCCCACCGCCGCACCUUCCUCUACCUGGAGCAGCUCCUCCUCCGCCACGGCGCCGCCGCGCGCGCCCUCCGCAUCGCCGCCGCCGAGCGCGGCCUCGACUUCUUCUUCGCGUCCCGCUCCCACGCCGCCCGCCUCGUCGACUUCGUGUCCGGCGUCGCCCCCGUGCGGUCCCGCUCCGACAAGCAGCUGGUCUCCCACGACCCGAAGAGCAGCCUGUACAACUACAAGCACACCUUCUCCGUGGAGAUCGCCCCCGUCUGCCGCGAGGACCUCGUCUGCCUGCCCCCCAAGGCCGCCCACGCCCUCGGCAACCUCGGGCCCCUCGUCCUCUGCGUCAGGGUCACCGCCUCCCUCGCCCUGCUCGACCCGCUUACCCUCCGCGUCGCCUUCCUCGACGCCGCGCAGUACUGGCGCGCCCCCUUCCGCGCCCUCCUCACCAGCCGCCAGCUCGUCGAGUACGUCGUGCUCGACGUCGAGCCCGACGACGAUCCCGACCUCGCCGCGGACGCCGGCUCCCGCUACCAGCUCGCCCACGCCCAGGUCGCCCGCGUCUCCGACUUCGGCAGGAACGACAACAUCUUCACCGUCCGGACCCACCUCGGCCGCCUCCUCAGCCCCGGCGACUACGCCCUCGGCUACGACCUCUACGCCGCCAACACCAACGACUUGGACGUCGACGGCCGCAAGGGCCUCGUCUUGCCCGACGCCAUCCUCGUCAAGAAGAGCUACGAAGAGCAGCGCCGCCGCGGGAAGCAGCAGCGGCCUUGGAAGCUCAAGAGCCUCGCCGUGGACGCGGACGCGGGUGCGAAGAGCGGCAGGGGAGACGAGGAGAAGCGGAGUGACGAGUACGAGGAGUUCCUCAGGGAUUUGGAGGAGAACCCGGAGAUGAGGUUCAACGUCUCCCUCUACCGCAACAAGGAUUAUCAGCCGUCGGAGAUGGCCGCUUCUUCCGCGGCCGACGGAGACGAUAUUCCUUCCGUGCCGUUGGACGAAUUGCUCGCCGACCUCGAAUUGAGUGAUGAUGAUAAUGAAGAGGAAGAGAGUGGUGAUGAUGGCGGCGGCGGUAGUAUGGAGGAGUGAGCGAGUUUUUCUGAACUAGUUUGAUCCCUUUAUCUCCUAUAUGGUGAUGAUAAGUCUUGAAUUGCUUUUAUUUUACUUAAAAGGUUUUUGCCCUGCAUAGCUUGGAUGGAAAUUCGCUUAUAAUAGCUUGAUUCUCUACAUGAAAUAAGUUUUGCUUCUGUUCUGCUGCCUCCUCUUUAUCUGGAACGUGGAAAAUUUUGGUUGUAAUUUUCACCUGAAUUUGAAGUUUUAGUUUACCAAAUUUUGUUC